CCCGCGGCCCGCGCCCGGCGGCAGCAUGAGCCAGGCCGAGCUGUCCACCUGCUCGGCGCCGCAGACGCAGCGCAUCUUCCAGGAGGCCGUGCGCAAGGGCAACACGCAGGAGCUGCAGUCGCUGCUGCAGAACAUGACCAACUGCGAGUUCAACGUGAACUCGUUCGGGCCCGAGGGCCAGACGGCGCUGCACCAGUCGGUCAUCGACGGCAACCUGGAACUCGUGAAGCUGCUGGUCAAGUUCGGCGCCGACAUCCGCCUGGCCAACCGCGACGGCUGGAGCGCGCUACACAUCGCCGCGUUCGGCGGCCACCAGGACAUCGUGCUCUAUCUCAUCACCAAGGCCAAGUACGCGGGCGGCGGCCGGUGAUGCCUGCCCGGACCCGGACGCGGGCCUCGAGCGUGUCGUCUGCUGUACCUUCCCGCCAACUACCUCGGUGCGCACCGGGCUCCCCGGCCCAGAGGCCACGACGAGUCUGGCGCGCGCGUCCGCACCCACGGGGGCCGCGCGGCGCCCGCUGCCAGGGGUCGACGCCCCCGCGCGGCCGACCGGACCCGGGCGGAGGGCUUCCCACGGCCCCGCCCGCCGCCUCGUGGUGGUGGGGGGGCGUUGUGCGGGAGGUGGGGGCGGGGCGCGGGCUGCAGCCCCUUUGAAAUUUGAGUCUCGCUACCAGCAAGUUCGGAGUUCCCGAGACACCGGAUCCUCCGGGCAGAAUGUUUUCUCCCGAAGGUGGAAAGCGGGCGGCGGGGACGCCGGGCUCUGGGCGCCCCGCCGCCCGCAGAACCCGCGGCUGAAGCCCGCAGUCGCCUAGGGGCCACGGCGGGGCGUCUGCGGCCCGGACGCGCGAUGGUGGAGACGCUUCGCUGAUCCUGGGGUUCUAAACUAUUUAUCAUGUGUGUGUAUAUUUGUGGGUGAAGUUUGUGCGCCUGAUUUUUUUUUGUUUUUUUUUGUUUU